AUGAGAUCAAUGUCCCUGGCCUUUACAACUCAAGAAUGGGAAAGUGUAGUUAUUAAUGAAUUGAUUCGAGUUGUGAAACCUGGAGGAUGGAUUGAAAUAAUGGAAAGAGAUCCGUGGUGGACUGGUGCAGGUACUGCCACCAAUAAAAUUAACAGAGUUGUCGUCGAAGAACUUCAGACAAAUCAUAAUAUAAAUGCUCAUAUAUCGCCAUACUUACAGAGAUACAUGUCAGAAACGCAUAAAUUAUCAGAGAUUUGCCAUUUAGAAAAAAAGAUAGCCGUAGGCGCGUGGGGUGGUAAUUUGGGCAAUGUAUGUUUGGAAAAUUAUAGAUGGUUCUUCAAAAAUAUUCGAGGUUCCAUUGAAUCCAUAAAAGAUAAGGAAUUUAAUGCGAUGUUAAGUGAGAGCUUAAAAGAAUUUACGAAUAGUAAGGCGUAUGAAACUGGUCAUAGGUUCUUUGCAAUGAAGAUAAAGGAAAAUGUCGGAACGGAAAUUAGUUAA